AUGGUCGCCGUGGCCCGCCCUGACAAGCCCUGCGAUAGCUGUGAGCCCAAGACGGACGCCGAGACUGGCAAAAUGUGUGCCAGCAAUGAGACCAUUGUUUGCACCGGCAAUGGCGGCAGUGGUCUGAUCACUCUGGGUAAUGUCUUGCCAGGCGCUCUCGGAGAGAGCUGUGCCGCUGGCGACGUCUACUGCUGCGAUCACGAUGCCACUUCGGAUGGCAACCUGGUUAACUUGGAUGUUAAUGCUCAAUGCUCGCUCAACCACGUUCUAUAA